CUUAACCCUUCCCCUGGAGCUGAAGGCAUUCUGUUCACUAGCUCCUCAGACUCUGUGAGGAGACAGGGAGGCUUGCCAUUUCUAACACAGCUCCAGUGCGAGAGGCACGGAACAUGGGCAGAGAUAGCUACCUGCUUCUCCUGGCGGUGUUGAUGGGUCGUCUCUGCACAAAUUCUGCCAUACCAGAUGACGAGUGCCCCGAUGCCUCUCCUGCCCGGGAAAACUGUGAGUUUGACGAGGUGUGCGAGGACGCCAGCUGCAAGUACAACGAGUACGUGACCUGCCACCUCAACCGGUGUGGAACGUGCGAGGCCGUCUUCCGAGGCUUCGACAACCUAACAGUCAACUGCAACCAGUUGACGCCCAAAUGCCGCCUGCUGCGCCUGGAGAUGCUUCACAAGAGCCGGACGGCCAGCAGGCAGCCGGGCGGAAGGCGGGUCGACGACCUGUACGACCCCGAGUGCGAGCGGAACGGCACCUUCAAGGCCAAGCAGUGCGACGACUCCAACCUCUGCUGGUGCGUGGACAGUGCCGGGGUCAGGGUCACCGACAAGACCGGUGACGACCCCAAGUGCGGCCAGCUCGUCCGAGUCCACCUCAUUCAGAUUGAUUUCAGCUUCAAAGUCGAGUUUGUCUUCCUGAAGAUGAAGGAGGCAGCUGUUCGACGGAAGGUGGCCAUCAAGUUGGUCAAAGAGUACACCCUGAAGGCUACCCAGAUCCUGGAGAUCACGGUCCACGAGUUGUCCAGAGAGAUCUGCAUCCGGCUGAGCGAGAAUGGGACCAAAGACCCCGCCGACAUCUCUACUGUGGCAUACUACAUCGAGAGGGACCUGAAGACGAACAGGUUCACUCUGGAAGUGGACGGGAAGAGCUUGCAGGUGGAGAGGGAGUCGGUCCAGGUUUGGUUCUUUGACAACGAGCCUCCCCGGAUCAACAUGAAGUCCAUCUCGCCGGGCUUUGCGGCCAUCAUCAUCAUCAUUGCGCUGGCCAUUCUAACCGGGAUCGCAGUGUUUGUUGUGGUCAGGAGGAGAGCGAAGGAGGACUGGCAGAGGAUCCAGUUUGAAGUGAUUGAGCAGGGCCAGGAGUUGGAGCACCACCAGCUGGCCCAGAGGAUGGGUUUAGCACGUUAACCUUCGAGAAACUAACUCGACCUUUCGGAUUCUCGGAACCAAGUCUUGCUUUUUGUAGCACCCAAGACCUUCUGUAGCCUCAGCAAGAGCCUCGGUUCUCGCAAGUAUUGAUGAUCAAACUCAGCAGAACAGAUCUAAAGCAGGUUGUAACUAAUGUCUCCAUUGCCAAGAAGCUUAGACACCUUGCAGAUUGACUCUUAAUUAAGCUGCCGUGCUAAUGUUUAACUAGAGAUCCACCAAAGAUCCAUGUAGGGAUUCAGGUUCUUCAGCCCAUGCGCUCAUGUUUUUGAGAGAGACAUUUGCUGGUUCCUGCUCUUUGCAGGUGAAAAUUCUCUUCUGGAGGGGCAGCUUUGAGCAAGUUGCCCACUCAUUCUAUGAAAUAGAAAAAUCAGGUUGGUUAUGAAUUCCUUCCGUGGUGCCAUAGAAGUCCUGAAUAAGCACGGAUUUCCUCCAGUGGGCAGAGACAGCCUCCGGGAGACUUCUGGCUGAGAUAUUUCUACAUGAUACGUGCUACAUUUUGUUUAACAAUUGCUUUAAUCACUGUAAAAGGGCCUAUUAUGUGAUAAGUGUAGAUGCCAAUUUGUGAAAUAAAGACCCACAUAAGGGUCAAAAAUGCAAACUUGGUACUUGAAGUACUGCAGAGUUUAGCAGGAACUCAUCAAAAACAAAUGGGCUGUGAAAUUGGUGCCAGUUUGAGUUAAGUGAUGGUAAUGAGUCUAUUUAAAUACAGUGUUAACAUUAAAAGACAUUAGCUACUCAUGAAAUGCACCACUUUUACACUGUAGAUUAUUGCAGUCAUCCCAAGGACAUUUCAAACAAAAUUAUGUAUCCUGGUUUCCACUGAACAUUUGUAAGAUUUUUAGUGUAGAACAAAAGUUACAAUGUAUCUCUCUAGGUCAGUCCCUUCCCAGCUACAUCCAUGGUACUUCACAUGCUCUUGAUCUCAACAACUCUCAAUCAACUCCCUAGCCCUGAUUGCCUCACUUUCACCAAGGAUGUCCAGUCCCUGUAUACCUCUAUUCCCCCCCCAUUAAAAAGCCCAUAUAGCUCUCUGCCUCUGUCAACAACAGAUCUUGACCAGUUCCUCUCCACCACCACCCUCCUGGGUCAGGUAGAACUGGUCCUCAACUUGAACAUUUCCCUUCCAGCUCCUCUCACUUUCUCCAAUCUUGAGGUGUAGCCAUGAGCACCUGUGUGGACCCCAGCUAUGCCUGCCUUUUCUUUGGCUACGUAGAACAGUCCAUGUUCGAAGCCUUUGUUGGAAAUGCGCCCCAACUCUUCCUUUGCUACAUUGACGACUGUAUUGAUGCUGCUUCAUGCACCCAUGCUGAGCUCGUCAAUUUCAUCAACUUUGCCUCCAACUUCCACCUGCUUAAAUUCACUUGGUCCAUUUCUGACACCUCCCUCCCCCUUCUCAAUCUCUUUUUCUCCAUUUCUGGAGACAAAUUAUCUACUGAUAUCAUUUAUAAACCUACCGAUUCCACGGUUAUCUUGACUAUACCUCACCCUGUCUCCUGGAAAAGUGCUAUUCCUUUUUCUCUAUUCCUUUGUCUCCACCAUAUCUGUUGCCAGGACUAGGUUUUCCUUUCCAGGACAUUAGAAACAUCUUCAAAGAAUGAGGUUUCCCUUCCUCCUCCAUUGAUGUUACCCUCAUCCACAUCUCCUCCAUUUCCCCCUAUCAGCACUCACCCCAUCUUUCCACCACCUUCACAGGGAAUAGAGUUCCUCUUGUGCAUCUUUUUGCAUCUCCCCCUCCCCCUCCAGCUUUCAAAUCCCUUACUCACUCUUCCUUCAGUUAGUCCUGACAAAGGGUCUCGGCCUGAAACGUCGACUGCGCCUCUUCCUAUAGAUGCUGCCUGGCCUGCUGCGUUCACCAGCAACUUUGAUGUAUGUUGCUAGAGUUCCUCUUGUCAUCACCUACCAUCCCAUGAGCCUCUGCAUCCAACACACCAUUCUCCGCAAUGUAUGCCAUCUUCACAUCUUUCCCUCUCCCCUGCCCCACCCCAUUCUCUGCUUUCCCCAGGGAUCACUUCCUCUGUGAUUUCCUUGUCCGUUCGAACCUCCCCACUAAUCUUCCUGGCACUUAUCCCUGCUGUGGUAGAAGUGCUACACACCCAUUCACCUUCUUCCUUACCUCUAAGUGAGACAACACUUCGCCUAUGAAUCUGUUGGAGUCUUCUACUGUGUCCAGGGCUCCUGAUGUGGCCUCCUCUACAUUGGUGAGAGUCAAAGUAGACUGGGAGACCCAUUUUGUCAAGCACCUUAGCUCCAUCUGCAAAAAAUCAGGAUUUCCUGGUGGCCAACCAUUUUAAUUCCCAUUCCGACAUGCCAGUCCAUGUCACGAUGAGGCCACUCUCAGGUUGCAGGAGCAAUCCCUCAUUCUGUCUGAGUAGCCUCCAACCUGAUGGUAUGAACAUCAUUUUCUCCAACCUCCAAUAAUUUUUCCCUCUUCUCCAUUCCCUAUUCCCUCUUUUUCAAUUCUCUACUCUGUCCCCACCCUCACCUCAUUUCCUCACCUGCUUAUCACCCUCCCCAGCACUCCUCUUCUUUCCCUUUUUCCCAUGGUUCACUUUCCUCUCCUAUCCGAGUUCUUCUUCUCUAGCCCGUUACCUUUUCCACCUAUCACCUCCUAGCUUGUACUCCUCCUCUCCCCCACCUUCUUAUUCCGGCUUCUUCCCACUUCCUUUCCAGUCCUGAUGAAGGGUCUCGGCCUGAAACAUCUAUUCCUCUCCACAGAUGCUGCCAGACAUAUUGAGUUCCUUCAGUAGUUUCUCUGUGUGGCAAGGAAGUAUGUAGAAGCUUUAGGGAGGGUGCAGAAGAGAUUUACCAGGGUGCUGCCUGGAAUAGAGUGCUUGUCUAAUGUGACAGCCAGAGACUUUUUCCCAGGGCAGAAAUGGCUAAUACAAGGGAGCAUAAUUAUAAGGUAAUUAGUGAAAUGUUUGGGGGGAUAUUAGAGGUAGUUCCCCCCCACCCCACAUAGAGUGGUGGGUGCAUGAAACGUGCUGCCGGGUGGGGGGGGGGUGGUGAUACAGAUAGAUACAUUAGAGCUAUUUAAGAAACUCUUAGAUAGGCAUAUGAAUGAUAGAAAAAUGGAGGGCUAUGUGGGUAAGAUUGAUCUUAAAAUAGGUUAAAGAUUGAGUGCAACAUUUUGGGCUGAAGGGCCUGUACUGUACUUCUAUGUUAAGAAAAUACUUGUCAGGAGUGUUCCUUCCACAAAGACACAGGUAGAAAUGUGGGACUGAGAUCCUAUCUUACAGAUGAGUGGUUAAAACAAAUCCUCACUUGUGUUUUGAGGAAGCCGAGGGGACGUGUACCAGACCAAUACUUAAGAGUGACUGUGUUAUGAGGAAAGAUUGGGUAGGCCAUGUCAGAGAGAGGGGGGUGGCACAGUGGGAGAAAACGAUUGAAAUAAGACAUAGAAACAAAUUUAGACCUUGGGAUGAUGGGACUAUGUAGAAUAAUAUUUCGGCAUGGACUAGAUGGGCAAAAGGACUGUUUUUGUGUUGUAGGGCAGAGAAAGAUUUUUAGAUAGAGAAUGGUGGGUGACCGGAAAAGAACUAUCAGGUUAGUGAUAGUGAGCUAGUGAGGUUUAAGAGGCUGUUAGAUAGAUACAGGAAUCUGCAGGCAGAAGGGAAUAGAUUAAUUUGGCAACACACAGAAAAUACUGGAGCAACUCAACAAAUCAGGCAGUAUCUAUUGGAGGGAACAAACAGUCAACAUUUUGGACUGGGAUCCUUAAUCAGGACCGUUUAAUUCUGCACUGUGUUUGGCACAGACAUCAUGUGCUGAAGGCCUGUUCUUGUGCUGGCCAUAUUCUGUGAGAGAAUUUAGAACCAAGGGGCACAGUUUAAAAUUAGAGUUUUCCUCAAAGACAGAAACAAGGCACUGUUCAUUCUCUGAGGGUCAUCUGCUUCCAUUGCCUUUUGUGGAGGAGAAUCCUUAACUAUUUUUAAGGCAGUGGUAGUUAAACACUUUGUGAAAUAUCUUAAGUCUACAUCCCAACUCCAGCCUCCCAACCCAAUUUCACUCCCACCAAAGCAGGCAGCACGUAGCGCAGCGGUUAACGCAUCGCUUUACGGUGCCAGCUUUCACUGAUCUGGGUUCCAUUCCCGCUGCUGUCUGUAAGGAGUUUAUACAUUCUCCCUGUGACCGCGAGGAUUUCCUCCAGGUGCUUGGGUUUUUCCCACAUUGUACGGGUCAGGCUUAGUCAGUUGUGGGAAAGCUAUGAGGCACCGGAAGUGUGGUGACACACGCAGGCCGCCCAGCACACUCCCCUCUGAUUUCGUUUGUCACAAACCAUGCAUUUCACUGUACACGUGACAAAUAAAGCUAAAAGGGGAAAAGGCUAAAAAACCAAAGCAACAACACACACUCCAUAUCAUCAAACAUCACUGAAACCAGCCCUUUAGACAUCAAGUCCACACCCAUUUACACCAGUCCCAUUUUAUCUUCAUAAUUUCCCUCAAUUUCCUCCGAUUUUACCACUCUUUUACACACUGGGACACGUUACCAAUCUGUGUAUCUUUAAGAUGUGGGGCAGCCUGUACCUGUGUGGUACAGCCAGAACGUGCAAACUCCACUCUGGUAUCACGCAGUGUCAGGAUUGUCACAGCAAAGCAGCAUCCAUCAUCGGGGCCCACAGCUCAGGUCAUGCUCCCUUUUCACUGCUGCUAUCAGGAAGAAUUUCAGAACUCACACCACCAGGUUCAGGAGCAGUUAUUACCCCCCAGCCAUCAGGCUCUUGAACUAGAGGGGAUAACUUCACUUGCCUUAUCAUAGAACUGUCCCCACAACCUAUGGACUCACUUUCAAGAACUCUUCAUCUUAUGUUCUUGAUAUUUAAUGUUUAUUUAUUAAUAUUACUUUUUUCUUUUGCAUUUGCAGUUUGUUCUUUUGCAUACUGGUUGAACACCCAAGUUGGGUGCUGUCUUCCAUUCACUCUAUUAUGAUUAUUGGAUUUACUGUGCAUCCCUCCAAAAAAAAAAACCCCAGGGUUGUAUAUGGUGACAUAUAUGUACUUUGAUAAAUUUGUUUGGAACUUUGAACCUGGGUCACAGGAGCUCUACCCACUGCCACUGAGUUCCCACGGGUUGAUGUGCUUCAACUACUUUGGACUUCUCUCCCUCAAUCCCUUUGAACGAUUGCCCUUGUCAAUCACUGCCAUUUACCUUCACCUCUGGCCCCUGAACUCUUCCACUGCAUUGUAAAUAUUCAUGCUGUUAGUUCAGCACAUCAAACAUUAACAGGCCUCCACUAACACAGCCCUUAGGCUAAGACUCAAUGAGGACCAGCACAAUCAGCUGCUGCCUUCAGCAACCCAGGUUAACAGUGUUCUGCUUGGUAGUUACAAUAAUUAACAAAGGACUGCUUUCAGGAUUUAUUAGCAAGCUUAAUGACUUGAGAAAGUCAUCUCGCUCUUUAGGUAAGCCUAACAUUUUAUUAAUUGUUGCUUUGCCCAUAACCACAAGAAAUUGCAGCAAAUUGUGGACACAUUUUAGUAAACCAGAUUAGAUUAACCUUAUUCGUCAUAUGUAUUAUGCCUUGGAAAGGUAUUCAUCCCCCCUUGUCCAGUGAACCACCUUGCAGCUAUUAUAGCCAGCAGUCUUUUUGGAUAAGUCUAUUAGCUUUGCACAAUGUGAAGGAGCAAGAUUUACCCAUUUCUCCUUGCAAAAUUGCUCAAGCUGUGUCGGGUUAGUUGGGAAGUGAUGGUGGACAGCAAUCUUGAGGUCUUGUCAGACAUGUUUGAUUGAGUUAAGGUCAGGACUCUCACUGGGCCACUCAAAGACAUUAAUUUUCUUCAUCUGAAGCCACUCCGUAGUUGCUCUGACAGUGUGCUUUGGGUCAUUGUCCUGCUGAAAGAUCAACUUGCUCCCCAGUUUAAGCUUUCUGGCAGGUUUUUAUCCAGGACCUCUCUGUAUUUAGCAAGAUUCAUCUCCCCAUCAAUCCUGACCAAAUUUCCAGUCCCUGCUGCUUAAAAGCAUCCCCAUAGCAUGAUGCUACCUCCACCAUACUUUACCCUAGGGAUGAUGUUACCUGGUUGAUGUACAGUAUUAGAUUUAUGCCACAUGUACCACUUAGUGUCGAGGCCAGAAAGUUCCAAUUUAGUCUCAUCCAGCCACAAGACCUUCUUCCAGAUCUUUACGGUAUCUUGUAAGUGACACUUUGCAAAGUCCUUACAGGCAAGAAUAUGCUUUUUCUUUGGCCAGGGUUUCUUCCUUGCCAUUCUUCCAUAAGUGCCGUUUUUGUGCAAGGCCUUAGAGAUUGUGGAGCCAUGAACUUCAUCUGCAGUUGCAGCCAGACUUUAGCAGCUUACUCACCAGAAUGACUACCUGUUAGUGUCACAGCAGGCUCUCUAACAAACGCAAUUCUUCUCCAGCAACUAAGUUUAGAGUGGCAGCCUUACCAAGGCAGUGUGACUGUAGCUUCAUAUUUUUUCCACUUUUUCGUGAUAGACUGCACUGAAUUUCGAGGUGCAAUAUUUUCCAAUGCCUUUGAGAUGGUCUUGUACCCAUCCCCAGAUUUGUGGUUUUCUUAUCAUUUCCCUGACAUGUCUUGAAUUCUCUUUUGUCUUCAUUUUGGUUUGAUCUGUUGUAAAAUGAGAUGUCCACACUGUUGGACCUUACAGAGAGAGAGUUGAUCAUCCAAUUUUCUACAUCAACAAACUGAUGUAGAAAAGGUAAUAUAUUGCACCUGAGGAACGUCAGUGUAGUUAUUACAAAGGGGAUGGAUAUAUUUUCAGCCUCAAUUUUGUUUUUUAAUUUUUAGUAAACUGGAAUUUUUCUUUUGAUUUGACUUGAUGCACAAUGUUUUGUAGAUAGCUAAAAAUCCUACUUCAAUAUAUUUUAAAUUUAGAAAAUGAGACAGUAAAAUGUGAAAAUAGUUGUGGGGUCUGAAUACAUCUUCAAGGCAUUGUACAUUGAAACAUCCAGAAAAAUGCGAUGUUUGCAUCAAAUCAAAUCAGUGAGGAUUGCAAGUGUCGCCAUGCUUCUGACACCAAUAUAUCAUGUCUACAACUCGCUAAUCCUUAUGUUUUUGAAAUGUAGGAGGAAACCCAGGUGGUCAUGGGGAAAACAUGCAAACUCCUCAAAGGCAGCAGUGGGAACUGAACUCUGAUCAGUGACGUUGGCACUGUAAAGCAAUGUGAUAACUGCUACACGACUGCGCCACCCACAGAAACCAGCCUCUCCUCCCUGGACCCUAUCUACACUUCUCACUGCCUCAGUAAAACAGCCAACAGAAUGAAGGACCCCAUCAGCCCCAAUCUCUCUCCCCACCCCCCCCCCGCCACCAUCAGACAGAAAUACGAAAGCCUGAAAGCAUGCAACACCAGGCUUAUCACAGCUUUAAUCCCUGUCAUCAGACUCACCCUCAUUAUGGUUCGUGCAGCCUACUAUCUGUUUGCACUGCACUUUCUCUGUAACUACAACACCUCACUCUGCACACAUUUAUUGUUUUUCCCCUUAAAAUACUUCAAUGCAUUGUUGUAAUGUAAUAUUCUGUAUUGACAGCAUGCAAAAAUGUUUUCACUCUACCUCGGUACAUGCUACAAUAAUAAACCAUAAGAUCCUACGACAAAGGAGCAGAAUUAGGCCAUUGAGGGACCCAAACAGUCCUUCCAGGUGAGGCAACACUUCACCUGUAUAUCUGCUGGGGUCAUCUAUUGUAUGCAGUGCUCCCGAUGCAGCCUCCUCUACAUUGGUGAGACCCGUCGUAAUUUAGGGGACCGCUUCGUCGACCACCUCCCCUCCAAAAGUGGAACUUCAUAGUAGCCAAGUGUUUUAAUUCAGAUUCCCAUUCCAACUUGUCGGUCCAUGACCUUCUCUCGUGCCACGAGGAGACCACACUCAGGGUGGAGCAGCAACAUCUUAGAUUAUGAGGACACGUCCUCUCUUAUUGUCAUUUAGUAAUGCAUGCAUUAAGAAAUGAUACAGUAUUCCUCCGGUGUGAUACCACAAAACACAGGACAGACCAAGACUGAAAAAACUAACAAAACCACAUAAUUAUAACAUGUCUGUCUGGGUAGCCUCCAACCUGAUGGCAUGAAUAUUGAUUUCUCCUUUUGCUAAAAAAAAAUUCUCCUUCCCCUCCACUCUUCUUCUGUUUCCUACCCUUUCUUCUAUGGUCCACUCUCCUCUCCUCUCCUAUCAGAUCCCUUCCUCUCCAGCCCUUCACCUUUCCUACCCACCUGGCUUCACCUAUCACCUUCUAGAUAUCCUCCUGCUCCCUCCCCCCACCCUCUCCAACCCUGAAGAAGGGUCUCAGCUCGAAAUGUCCAUUGUUUAUUAAUUUCUAUAGAUGCUACCCGAUGUACUGAGUUCCUCCAGCAUUUUGUGUGUGUUGCUUUAGAUUUCCAGCGUCUGCAGAAUUCCUCAUGUUUAUGAUUAGGCCAUUCAGCCCAUUGUGUUUGCUCCGUGAUUCCAUUAUGGCUCAUUUCCCUCUAAAUCCCAGUCUCCUGCCGUCUCCCCAUAGCCUUUGAAGCCUUUACUAAUCAAGAACCUAAUAAACUCCACUUUAAAUGUACCCAAUGACUUGGCCUCCAGUCACCUGUGGCAGUAAAUCCCACUGAUUAAUCACCCUCUGGCCAAGGAAAUUCCUUCUCAUCUCUGUUCUAAAGGGAUGACCCUCUAUCCUGAGGCCGUGCCCUCUGUUCCCAGAGUCCCCCACUAUAGGAAAUAUCCUCCUUAUGUCCACUCUAUCUAGCCCUUUCAAUAUUCAGUAGGUUUCAACUAGAUCUCGCUCAUUCUUUUAAACUCCAAACUAAUUUGCCAGUUUACCAUUCAGUAAGAUGAACUAUCUUCAGGCAGGACAGCUUGCUGGGAAAAAAAGUUGAUUUUCUUGGUUCUUAGUUCAUAGAAAAUACUCCAGAAAAACAAAUUUAGCAUUUCAGACUGCAUUGGCUCUUAAUCAGUAGUAUUACCCUUCCCUACCCCACCACUUCCCCAGCACCCUAUAAUCUUCCCAAGUAUUUUUGUCCGCAAGGAAUAGGAUCAGGAGAAGUCCAUUCAGCACCUCAAACCCGCCUCACUGUUUACCCUGAUCAAGUUUUAUCUGCCCCAGGCCUCAUCUCUAGCACCACAGAAUUAGGCCAUUUGGCCCCUCAAGUCUGCUCUGUCAUUCCAUCCUGUAUGAUUUAUCACCCUCUCAAUCCCUUCUACUGCCUUCCCCCCCAUACCUUUGACACUAAUCAAGAACCUAUCAAAUUCUGCUUUAAAUGUACCCAAUGACUUGACCUCUUUAAUUGUAGAAACAAUCCAGCGGUGUCUGUAGUGGACCUGUGAGUGGUGGGAGCUGAAAUGAGGGCUCCUUGUGAUGUUCUGCAGGGAUCAUUUUCAGCUAAUAGCAAAAAGAGUCACAUACCACCAGAACGGUCCCAGGAAUGAAAGUCUCCUCCAAUACGGAGGGGGUGGGUUGCGCGGGGAAUCUCCUGGUAAGCCUGCUUCUGGGCCCAGCCCAGAUGUCCAUUCGUGGAUCCAGGAAGUGGGCAGUCAAGACCUUUGCCCAAGCCAACUGCCUGCCCCUCUUCCAGGGUUACAUUCUUGGAGAGGGGGGAUCCAAAUUACAAUGGGCACAGUGGAGAAUUUCCCAGAACAGUGGGCUACCAAGAAAUGUAGAGUUUUGUAGACAAUAGCAAUCGUAUUUUAAUUUGAAAUUGUCAAUAGUUUUGUAAACCCCUGAUUAUUGUAUGUAUUUUGUGAGUGAAUAAACGUGUAUGUUUGUUAAAAAUGAGUAUUUGGGACUGUAGUCUUUGGCGAUCAGAAUGAUUGGGGGAGGAGGUGAGUGAGGUGGAAAUCUCAGUAAAACCUAAUGAAUACUGAAAGGCCUGGAUAGAGUGGACGUGGAGAGGAGAUUUCCAUUGGUAGGUGAGUCUAGGAUCCAAAGGCACAACCUCAGAAUAAAGUGCUGUCUCACUGGAAUUAAGACGAGGAGCAAUUUCUUCAGCCAAAGGGUGAAAUUCACUGCCACAGGACUAUGAAAGCAAGUCAUUGGAUAUAGUUACAGCAGAAAUUGAUGGGUUCUUGAUUGGUAAAGGGCUUAAGGAUUAUGGGGAGAAGGUGGGUGAAUGGGGCUGAGAUUUAAAAAAUAAGGAAUGAUUGAAUGGCAGAGCAGACCUGAUGGAUUAAAUUCUGCUCCUUUAGCUUGUGGUCUAUG